UUGAAUCCAUCCAUGGCCACGUUCCCCCAUGAUCCAUGGGAUGGAGCAGUCUGUGGCUGUCCACCCUCCCCCCACAGUGGUCCUUGGGAUGGAUCCAUCCAGGACUGAUCCUCCCCCCGUGGUCCAUGGGAUGGAUCAGCCCGUGGCUGUGACCCCCCCAUGGUCAAUGGGAUGGAUCAGCCCGUGGCUGUGAACCCCUGUGGUCCAUGGGAUGGAUCAGCCCAUGGCCCCCCCAGACCCCCCCAGUGUGUGCAUGGUGUGUGCCAGCACGGCCGCUGUCUCAUCCCCCCCUGCGACUGGGAAUGGACUGUUCCUCCCCCCCAAACCGGGCACAAGCUGAGGGGGUUUGGGCUCAACCACAACCUGGGGCGGGGGGGAGUCUGCAGGGACAUCUGGGGGGUCCCAACCACCCCCCACACCCUGCAGAGCCCCCGCUGGAACCCCAGAUCUGACCCUGAGUGGGAGAUGCUUCAUGUGUAACACACACAUGUUCCCUGGGACACCCCCCUGGGGUCACACAUGUGUCCCCUGGGUCACACAUGUGUCCCUGGGACACCCUCUGGGGUCACACAUGUGUCCCCUGGGUCACACAUGUGUCCCUGGGACACCCCCCUGGGGUCACACAUGUGUCCCCUGGGUCACACAUGUGUCCCUGGGACACCCCCUGGGGUCACACAUGUGUCCCCUGGGUCACACGUGUCCUUGAGGCACUUCCUGGGUGACACAUGUGCCCAUGGAGCCCUCCAGGGGGGUCACACAUGUGUCCUUGGAGAAUCCUUUGGGGGGGGUCACACGUGUGUCCUUUGGGCACCCUCUGGGUCACACACGUGUCCCUGGGACAACCCCUGGGUCACACAUGUGUCCCUGGGACACCCCAUGGGGUCACACACGUGUCCCCUGGGUCACACAUGCAUCCUCUGGAUCACCCCCUGGGGUCACACACGUGUCCUUUGGGCACCCCCUGGGUCACACAUGUGUCCCCAGGUCCCACCCAUGUCCCCAGGUCACACACGUGUCCCCUGGGUCAUACACGUGUCCUCUGGGUCACACACAUGUCCCUGGGACACCCCCUGGGGGCUCACACACGUGUCCUUCGGGCACCCCCCGGGUGUCACACACGUGUCCCCUGGGUGACACGCGUGUCCCCGCGCCCCCCCCGCCCCCGGUGCCCCCCGUGCCCGCGGGUAACACGCAUGCCUUGUUUGUCUCCUCUCGCCCCCCCGGCCCCCGCGGCCCCUCGGGACGUAGCGAAGCAGAAGCAGAAGUCGGCCGAGCACGUGCCCCCCUACGACGUGGUGCCCUCCAUGCGCCCCAUCAUCCUCGUGGGGCCCUCGCUGAAGGGCUACGAGGUCACGGACAUGAUGCAGAAAGCCCUGUUCGACUUCCUGAAGCAUCGCUUUGAUGGCAGGAUCUCCAUCACGCGGGUCACGGCCGACAUCUCCCUGGCCAAGCGCUCCGUGCUCAACAACCCCAGCAAACACACCAUCAUCGAGCGCUCCAGCACCCGCUCCAGCCUGGAUGUCUUGGCCGAGGUGCAGAGCGAGACUGAGCGGAUCUUCGAGCUGGCCCGGACACUGCAGUUGGUGGCCCUGGACGCCGACACCAUCAACCACCCUGCCCAGCUGGCCAAGACCUCCCUGGCCCCCAUCAUCGUCUACAUCAAAAUCACCUCCCCCAAGGUGCUGCAGCGCCUGGUGAAGUCCCGGGGCAAGUCCCAGGCGAAGCAUCUCAACGUGCAGAUGGUGGCCUCGGACAAGCUGGCGCAGUGCCCGCCUGAGAUGUUCGACAUCGUGCUGGACGAGAACCAGCUGGAGGAGGCCUGUGAGCACCUGGCCGAGUACCUGGAGGCCUACUGGAAGGCCACGCACCCCCCCAGCAGCAACCCCCCGAACCCGCUGCUGAACCGCACCAUGGCCUCGGCGGCGCUGGCCGCCAGCCCCGCGCCCGUCUCCAACCUCCAGGGUCCGUUCCCGGAGGGGGAGCAGGGUCGCCCCCGGCCGGGCCCGGGGGGCCGCGGGCAGGGCAGAGCCCCCCCGGCCCCCGCCCGCCCCGGCCCCCGCAGCCUGUGCCGCCAGGACACCUUCGACUCGGAGCCCGCGGGCAGCCGGGACUCGGAGCCCGGGGAUUCCUGCUGCAUGGACAUCGAGAUGGACCCCGUCGAGGAGGAGCCCCCCGGGGACGGGGCCGAGGAGGGCCGGGGGCUGCGGGGCCGAGCCAAGGGCCAGGAGCCCCUGGGCCUGGGGGAGGGCGAGGGCUGGGGGCAGGACGUUUACAUCCGUUAGGGUGAGGGGGUGCAGGCAGUGCUGGUUUUGGGGGGUGGGAGACCCUCCCCGGUUGCCUUUGUGCCCCCCCUCCGAGCCCGGCCAGCAGUGCCACGGGGAGCCCCUGCUUUGCCCUGGGGGGGGUCCCCCUGCCCAACUCUUUGGUGAGGGGGGGUCUCCCUGUGCCCCCCUGCCACAGCCCCCCCAGCAUCUCGCGGUGCCUCGGGCCCCCCCUGCCUGGCAGGGACAGCAAGUGACCAAAGGGGACCCGACGUGUCCCCGUCCCCUGCCCCGGGUGUGGGGUAGGGGGCUGUGCUCCCCCCCCAGCCCUGCCUGCUGGCUGCCCCCCCGGGUGCCCCCCGCUUCUCCAUGGUGCUCUUGGCCCCCCGGGCUGGCCGUGGCAGUGGGGGGGUCCCUGCCAGCUGCCCCCCACCCCAGCCAGUGCCUGCCCACAGCCCCCCGGCCCCCCACCCCGGGGGCGUGCAUGUGUGUGGUGUGUGCAGGGCUUUGGGGGGCUCCUGCUGCCCCCGGCUGUGCCCCCCCCGGGGUGCUGCCUGCCCGGGGAGGGGCGGGGGCAGUUUGCAUGUGUUUGCCUUGGAGGGGCUCUGCCUGAACUGGGGGGGUGGGGGGUAAAUCUGAGCCAGUUUUGGGGUCUAACCCAUGCUAACAGCUGCCCAGCCCUGGCCUGCCCUGCGGUGCCCGGAGGGUCCCGCUGCCCUGGGACCUCUGGGGUGCACUGGGCAGUGCCAGGCCCCUGUCCCAUCCCCCCCCAAAACUCCUCUGUGCCAACCUCCCCGCCGUGCCUGUCCAGCCAUGUUUGUCUGUCCGUCCGUCCGUCAGCCUCUGUCUGUCCCCCCCCGGCCCCCCCAACACCCUGGGGCACUGCCUUGUCCUGUGCCUGCCCCGGGGGCCUCCUUUGUGCCCCCCCCCCCAACUCCACGGGGGUGACCACACCAGGGUGGGGGUGGGGACACCCCCCAUCCAGCCCUCACCGUGGGGCUGGGUUUGUCUCACUUUAUGGGGCAGCCCCCUGCCCCCCACCCCGGGGCAAUCCUGGGGGUCCCCGGGGUCACUGCCUUACCCAGACCACCAGCCCAGGGCGGGGGGCUCGGGGGCACCCAGCUCUUGCUCUGCCAAGCCGCCCCCACCCACGUGUGCCUCAGUUUCCCCCCUUUUUUUUUUGGGGGGGGGGACUCGGUGUCACUGCCUGCCAAGUGCUUUGAGCCCCCCCUGCCCCAGUGCUCGCCCUCGUGGUGGCCACAACCUGAGCAGUGGGGACUCCCCCCCCCCACCCGCGGGCAGAGGGACGUCCCGUAUUUAUGUCACUCCGCAAACUUUUAAUUUAAAGACCUGACAAAGUGUAUUUUAUUUAUUUAUUCUCGUUGGUUUGUGUGUGUGUGUGUGUGUUUGGGGUUGGGGGGGGGGACUCGCCCCGCUCGCUUGGUUCUUUGUAAUAAACAUUUCGGUGAGAUCUGU